AUGCUCAGUCAAGCAUCUACUGCACACACUAUGACUGGAAUCCCACUGGCUGCUGCAAUAGGGUGUAAUACUGCCCGACCCACUACUUCAUCUUCACAGUCUGGUGCAAAGGCAACAUUUAUCACAAGUACCAAUACGAUCAUGUCUUUAACAGCCGCAUUAGCAGACACUGCACCUCAAGUGCCUGAAUCAUUAGCCACCAGUAUUUCUGAACAGCUCACAUUGGUGAAAAACUCAUUAUAUACCUGUGGAUUAGCUUUAGAAGACUUAUAA